AUGGUUCUUGGUAGAAUAAAGAAGAUGUUCUCAAAUACUAAGAAGAAUUUAUUUGGAGAUUUGCAUUGCGGAAGAACUAUUCUUAUGAAUGGAUGCGAAGCAUUAGCGUCCCAGGAAGAUCUUUUAUUCUCAUCAAAAAAAAGCAAGAUGUCAUUCAAGCUGUGUGAGAUUGUGUCAAUUGAACACGAUAAUAAGACCCUUAGCUUCAUUCAUAACCAGAAAAAGUAUCUCUUUACGAGCGGGGAAUCUCUAGAUCUUUUCUGUAAGGCUAUAGUACCCUUUAUAAAGAAGACCAAGAUCCUAUACAAAAAAAGUGCGGUGUACUCAAGAUACAAUACAACUACGGGGAGAUUUGAAGAAGCUUCGGGAAACGUAGAUGUAUUUAUUGUUGAAGAUGGGAUGUUUUUGAUCAGGAUAGAAACAAGAGACGACAUUAUACAUUUUGAAGAGAUAAGAACGGAGACACAAUACUAUAUGGAUCAGAAAAACAUAACGUUUGUAUGGUCUGUGAUGGAAGGGGGAGUUUUCCACACGUUUUCGUUGAAGUUUUUGGACAAUCUUGAUUUUCUUGAGUUUCUCGGCAAGUACAUUGGAUGUCUCUAUAAGAAUGUUAAUCACGAAAACAAGGAGGACAAGGAAGCGGAGCAGUAUUUUGAAAAAAUGGAGAUGGAGAACUAUCACCCUGAUGAAUCCUCGGAGUCGGAAGAGGAAGAGGAGUAUGAAAGUUGUGAUGAUGAUGAGCUUGAAAACCAUUUUGGAGAAGCAGACGAAAAGAAUAAGCAUCUUGUCGUGGGAGAUGAAAUGGCUUUUAUAACAAGAGGAAAGUCAAUAGGGGUGUUUGAAAACACAGAUGACGGACUUGAGUUUAGGGCAAAUAUCAAGAACGUUCUGAAUGAAGAUGUAAAAAAGAUAAUCACACAUGAUAAUUGUGCUUCGCUCAUAUACUUAGACAAGAGUGAAAGAGACAAGCUCCAUAAGCUGGAUGUAGAAAGAGGAGAGGUUAUUGAGACUUGGGAUGUGCAAAGGGACGUUAAUGAUUACUUUGAUGCGCAGAAGCUAAUUGAUACUGGUUCGCUUGUUGGGCUCUCGGAUUAUUCGGUGUUCAGGAUUGAUCCAAGAACAAAGAAUAAGGUUGUUGAGUCGAAGGACUACAAGACAAGAAAUAAUUUCAACUGUGGGAUGGCUACAAGCCUGGGGCAUGUUGUUGCAGCAGGUAAGGGAGGAGACUUGAGACUUUACGAUAAGAUUGACAAACGGGCAAAGUCUCUUCUUCCAGGAUUUGGGGAUGAAAUUAAGUAUAUAGACGUUACAAGCAAUGGAAAACAUAUUAUUUGCACAUGCAAGAACUACUUGAUGCUCACAACUGUUCCCGGAGACUAUAAGCAACCUAUUGGGAAGGAUAAGCCUGUUCCAAAAAGACUUCAGCUAAAGCCAGAGCAUUUGGCAUACAUUAAUGAAGAGAUAGACUUUACUCCUGCAAAGUUCAGCACAGACACUUCGGAAAGCAGCAUAAUAACAAGUACAGGAAGUUAUGUUGUUAAGUGGAACUUGGAUGAUGUGCUUAAUGGAAAGCUGUACUCGUACCAGCUAGCCAAAUGCAAUGAUUUGGUUGUUGCCGACAACUUCGAAUUUGGGGAAAACAACAGUGUAAUUGUGACAAUGCCAGACGACAUAAGAAAAGUCAACGUCCGAAACCUCAAGAGACCUGGGCGAAAGAUAUGGGGAUGA